CGGAGGUGCAAACUGGUUUUUGAAUCACAGCAUCGCUCACAAUUCGUUUGUGGAUUAUUGUUUUCUUCCUCAUCGACGAAAAGAGUGAAAUGGAGGAGUCCAGCUCUCAGAAGUUGGUGUGGGAUGGGGACGCCAAAGCGGUCCAGCAGUGUCUGACGGACAUCUUCACAAGCGUCUACACGACGUGUGACAUCCCGGAAAACGCCAUUUUCGGGCCUUGUGUGUUGAGCCACACGUCGCUGUAUGACAGCAUCGCUUUCAUAGCUCUGAAAUCCACCGACAAACGCACAGCACCUUAUAUCUUCAGGGUGGACACCUCAGCGGCCAACAGCACUUCAGAGGGCUUGAUGUGGCUGCGGUUGGUCCAGUCGGCCCGGGACAAGGAGGAACAGAACCUGGAGGCCUACGUGAAGAACGGCCAGCUGCUGUACCGUUCGCUCCGCCGGAUCGAGAAGGACGAGGAGCUGCUGGUCUGGUACGGCAAAGACCUCAUCGACCUGCUGCUGCUCAGCUCCAGCAGAGCGCCCGCCAAGAGCAAAGGUUCGUCUCACUACUCAUGUCCAGACUGCAGCCAGCGGUUCCAGUUUGAGUUCCCGUUCUUGGCCCAUCUCCGGUUCCGUUGCACCAAAAGAUUGCAGAGCAUCACAGGGGUCGACGAGGAGCCCAGCAAAGAGAGCAGCGCCGAGCGACCAAAAACAACCCCGACCAGGACCAGUCCAAAGCUGGGCCGUUCCGAGGGCUUCAGCAGCCCUCAGGACAGCAACAAACCCUCCACAGACUUUCACAACCUGGCCAGGGAUCUAGAGAACAACCGGACCAGCCCGCCCAGCGACAAGGAGGCUGAGAUCUGCAGCGAGAGCUCGGGGAAGAGGAAGUUCUCGGAGAUAGAGGACAGGGAGCGCCGAGGGCCCAGCCUUCCACAGUCCAAGUCUAAAGACGAGCUAGCGACGUCUGCACAGAACUACAGAGGGGCGUACGGCCUGGAGGAGAACCACAAGUCCUUCUCCCCGCCGGGCUCCACAGAACUUGGUCAGGGCAAGCGCAGCGCAUUCACCGAGGUCAAGAAGUCUUCGCAGAACCUCAAACACCACAGCGGCAACAAAAACCUCCAAAGCUCCAACUCUGAAAACAAAGAUGGCGGUCGUCCAAGCAGCAAUCCAUCAGAGAAGCACCUCAACAUCAGGCAGGUGCUGACGGAGACCCAGCCACCCCAAAGCUCACCCAUGGGCAGCGCUUUCAGCUCAGUUACCCAGCAAGGCGGCGGCAGCGGUGGAGAGAGGAAGAGCGCUUUCAGCCAGCCGUCUCGCUCCUCUUUCUCCCAGAUCUCGCCGCUGGUGAUGCCGGCCAAGCUGCUGGACUGCCACCCAGCGGUGGGCGACACCAUCUCCUCCAACAGACUCUACCAGGCCGACCACCUUGCCGCCAAACUGCAGGGCGCAGAACUGGGCGCCAACUGCCCCGUGCCGGGCGGCAUGGCCAAACAGAACCCCUUUGUCUACGCCACCACCUUCUGGCCCAAGAACUCCGGGGCUAUUCAGCUUCAGAUGCCCUCGGCGCUCACCCUCCUGCCGCCCUCCUUCACCUCCCUCUGCCUGCCGGCGCAGAACUGGUGCGCCAAAUGUAACGCCUCCUUCCGCAUGACCUCGGACUUGGUUUACCACAUGCGAUCCCACCACAAAAAGGAGUACGCCAUGGAGCCACUGGUCAAGCGGCGGCGCGAGGAGAAACUCAAGUGCCCCAUUUGCAACGAGUCCUUCCGGGAGCGGCAUCACCUGUCACGUCAUAUGACGUCCCAUAACUGACUUUUAAAGACUAACGAGGGAGGGACUGUUUCCCAUCAAGGAGGGACUGUGACCCUGCCCGGAUUUAAGCAGUCCGACUGGAGAUAGGCCACUUCAAAAUACAAAAACACCCCUUGCACUUGUUUUCACUUUGGACUAUGAUCUUCUAAUUCCUGUUCGGUCUGUUUACUUUUUCUCCCCUGUACAAAAUGUCAUGUUUUGGGUGUAUGCAAAUGCGUUUUGACUUCAGAAAAUUGAUCUAUGUGUGAAGCACUUAAAAGUUUGAGAAUAAGGGAAGAUUUAAAUAUGUGUAAAUGUACAGUAAGUUGUAUUUUAUAUCAUAUAAAUGCAAAUAUAGAGAAGAAAUACAAAUGUAGUCACACGUCAUGGUUUACAACGCAGCAAAGUUUUUUCAUGUCGACGA